UGCGCGGGUGAUAAAUGAUUUUUCAAUUUGGGAAUCUUUAGUUAAUUCGAAGACUGUUUACACAAGAGCUAGAAGCUAGCAGUGAUGUAUGUGCAUUUAAAAGAGCAACAAAAACAGCUGUUGUAGUGUAUUCUAAUAGGUGUUUAUAAAUAUAUGGAGAAGCGAAGUUUUACCGUUCUUGUUUUGGAAUUACCGCCGUGCUAGAGAGCAGUUGACACGAUUUAUCGAGCUCUUGUAACGACAUACGAAUAAUAAAGUGAUGGUGAAUGUGUUUGGUGUUGACCUGAUGUUGUAAACGGCCUAAUUAUGGGGUUUUCGACCAAUUUACAGGGCAAGAUCGCGCACGAAGCGCUCUUGUCUAGACAAGAGGCCGAAUUGAGACUUUUGGAUUCUAUGAAACGGUGCAUUGUGUCCAAAGUGAAAUGUGAUAGGGAUUAUGCGGUAGCGCUGAGUUCAGUGGCCACGCAAGGGUUGAAAUUUGACAGGAGCGAUGAACUUUCUGGAAGCCUCAUAGCCAACUCUUGGAGGAACAUGAUGGACGAAAUGGAUAGUACCGCUAAAGUAAUACGCCAAAACGCAGAUAGCAUCGAGACCAAAUGCCUAGAUACUCUCAAUACCUUGUAUGCCGAAAAACGAAAAGCUAGAAAACUAUACCAAGAAGAACAUGCUAGGAUUUUACAACAAUUUACACAUUUAUCUGAUGAAGUUAAUCGAAAAAAGACCGAAUACCAGAAAUAUCUAGAGUUAUACAAACAAAUGAGGUGCAAGUUUGAAGAACACUAUAUUAAAUCUGGUCGUGGAGGGAGAAAAUUGGACGAUGUCAGAGACAAAUAUCAAAAAGCCUGCAGAAAACUACAUUUAACCCAUAACGAAUACGUUCUCCUGCUUUGCGAAGCCGUCGAAUUUGAAAAAGACUUUAGGACUGUGUUACUACCAGGACUCUUGGAAUAUCAGCAGUCGCUUCAAGAAUCAUAUAUUUCCACAUGGAAACAGAUUUUACAUGACGUUGCCACAAAUUCGGAUUUAACUUCUGAGAAGUUCAAAGAAAUUCAAAGAAAAAUAGAAAAUAGUAUUGAAAGUCUUAAGCCUUCCGAGGAAUAUAAGGAUUUCACCGAAAAACACAAAACAACGCCUCAAGAACCAGUAAAAUUUAUAUUUGACGAAAGCCUUGUUGAAGAUUCGGCUGGAAAACUAUUACCCAAUCAACUUACAGUCGAUAAUUUAACCGUAGAAUGGCUGAGAACUAAACUAAGCGAUUUGGAAACGAAUAUUAAGGAAAUUCAAGAAAAACGCACGUCCAUCACAAGUACUGAUAGUUUGGUGAAUGGGAAAACGACUAGCAACGAAGCUAGUAAUAGGCUCUCUACUAUAAAUAUAGAUACUUCCAAAAAGGAAAUAAACGAAUUAAAAUGCCAAGAGAGGAAGAUGCUCAAACAAACCGAACUGAUAAGAAGUGCCUUAAAUGAAUUGGGUUGCGAGGAAGCUCCAGCCGCUUGUGAUCUCUCCAUAGAUAGUCAAAAUUCGUUCAAUGGUACUACAGAAGAGGGUAAUGGUUCUCAGAGUACGCUUUCUAAACGUAGUAGGUUCGAGCCUCAGAAGAUAGUUAAAAUGUUACGCAAACCCUUUAGACGAAAAUCAGAUCCUUCGUCUCCCGUUCCUCCUCCACGCAGGAGGAAAGAUUCUGCUACUUGUAGCGAAGGGGGAGAGUCCAGCGUUCAUCUUACCACAAACAAAUCGCUAGUGGAGGAAGAAUGGUUCCACGGUGUGCUUCCCAGAGAAGAAGUAGUGAGGCUGCUAAGCGUAGACGGUGAUUUCUUAGUUAGAGAAACGACGAGGAACGACGAAAGUCAGACUGUUCUUUCGGUUUGUUGGGGAGGACAUAAACAUUUUAUAGUACAAACCACCGCCGAGGGCCAUUUUAGGUUUGAAGGACCGGCAUUUCCUAGUAUUAGAGAACUUAUUUUGUAUCAGUAUAAUAGCGAAUUACCAGUAACAAGUAGAUCUGGUGCCAUUUUACGUAAUCCUGUACCACGUGAAACGUGGGAACUUAAUAAUGACAAUGUAGUUCUACUAGAUAAAAUAGGAAAGGGUAAUUUUGGAGAUGUAUACAAAGCGCAGCUAAAAAAUAACAACUCCAUAGUCGCCGUCAAAACUUGCAGAGUGACGUUGCCAGAAGAACACAAGAAAAAGUUCUUGCAAGAAGGCAGAAUUUUGAAGCAAUACGAUCAUCCAAAUAUUGUAAAAUUGAUUGGUAUUUGUGUGCAGAAACAACCCAUAAUGAUUGUUAUGGAGUUAGUUCCAGGUGGAUCUCUACUUACCUUCUUACGUAAAAAGGCAACUCUUCUUGUUGAAGGUCAACUUAUGAAAAUGUGCCUUGAUACAGCAAGUGGAAUGAGGUAUUUAGAAUCCAAAAAUUGUAUACACAGAGAUCUGGCAGCUCGUAAUUGCUUAGUAGGUUAUAAUAAUGUAGUAAAAAUAUCAGACUUUGGAAUGUCCAGAGAAGAAGAAGAAUACAUAGUUUCAGACGGUAUGAAGCAAAUACCCAUCAAAUGGACUGCUCCCGAGGCUCUUAACUUUGGAAAAUAUACUUCUUUGUGCGACAUUUGGAGUUAUGGCGUCUUAUGCUGGGAAAUAUUCUCUAAAGGAGGAACGCCAUAUAGUGGGAUGAGCAAUUCCAAAGCUCGAGAAAAAAUUGAUAGUGGUUACAGAAUGCCAGCUCCAGACAAUACUCCGGACGAAAUGUAUCGACUGAUGUUACGGUGUUGGGAAUACAAACCUGAAAAUAGACCAAACUUUGAACAAGUUUAUAGUGUAGUUGAAACAUUGUGUGCUGCCUACCGAGUGACAUUUUGUUGAUAAAGAUCUUAAUAAUACUUCCAAGAAAACACAAAACCUUCCAUAUGGGAGAUUUCUAGUAAACAAGCAAUCAAACAAUAGUUAAAGAAUUGUUAAUAUUAAGCCAUCUAAAAACUAAACUAAUUAAAUUCAAAUAAAACUCAGAUGAAAGUUAUGAAUGAUCCCUUAAGAGGAAACAGUAGCGAUCAACAGGUAGCGAAAACGCGUUCCAAGAUUGCGGCUGUAAUUUUGAAUAUUUUUUCGAGAUAUUUGGCACACGUAUUCGUAAUAUAAUAAAGAAUGGCGGUACAGAGCCCAAUUUGAAAAAUAUAUUAAUAUGUGGAAAUUACUCUGUAAUUAAAUACAAUAUUAAAAAACGAGCCUGUACCGCCAUUAAGAAGAACAAAUAAAUACACUUUCUUCAAAUAAACUUUUUUAUCCGAUGCCUAGAUUUUGUGUCAUUUUGGAACUACUAAAAUUUUUUAUUUCAUUAGUAGUUCCAAAAUGACACAAAAUCUAGGCAUCGGAUAAAAAAGUUUAUUUGAAGAAAGUGUAUUUUUUUGUUCUUCUUGAUGGCGGUACAGGCUCGUUUUUUUAAUAUUGUAUUUAAUUACAGAGUAAUUUCCACAUAUUAAUAUAUUUUUCAAAUUAUGCUCUGUACCGCCAUUCUUUAUUAUAUUACGAAUACGUGUGCCAAAUAUCUCGAAAAAAUAUUCAAAAUUACAGCUGCAAUCUUGGAACGCGUUUUGGCUACCUGUUGAUCGCUACUGUAUCACCUUAAUAUUUUUUAUAUUCUUGUGUUCAUUAUUGUUUGUCUUGUAUCUUAUGUUUGUUAGUGAUCAAUCUGUUCUUCUGUAGUUGUAGGUAAAUCAAUUUAAUGAAGUCUCUUAUUUCGAGAACCCAGUACCUCCCUUGGUUCUGUAGUUAAAAAUAUUCAGAAAAGUAGCUAUGGUGCAAAAUCAGGUGUAAGGUAACCUAUAUUAUUGCUAUAUUUUUCAGUGCGUAACAGUUUUUCGAUUUCUCUCUAACGCAUUAAAUUGUAUGUGACAGAAAAAAACGCACGUCGCUGAUUACAGACAUUUAUAACAUUUAUUCUAGUUAUUCUAGUUGUCGAUAGAUGGCGCCAUAAUCAAAAAAGAAUUAUUUAUUAAAUAAAAUAAUAAUAUCAAUAUAAUCUGUACAAUUUAUAAGACUAUACAAAUCAAAGAAAAUACUUUACUUAAUCAGUAGGCCCAUUUGUACCUUUCGGUGUUAAGCAUUAAAGAAAAUACCAUUUUAUAAAUGCAAUAGACACAAUUGAUUUGUUUUUAUUGCAAAUUGAAAAUAAAAUGUGACAACUGUCAGAUUUAACUAAAAUGUCAUGUUAGAAUAAAUGUCAUGAAUGUGUAUUAUCACGGACUUACCUUUUUUUCUAUAAUUUGUGACGCACUGAAAAAUGGUCAUGAAAAGGAGAAUAGCUAUAACUUAUAGUUAUAGAACAAAAAACAGCUGUCAUGUGAGCAUGCAAAAGGUAUUGCAAAUAUAAUAUAGUGAUGAGUGCGGUAACAACCGGCAAAAUAACGGACAACAUAAUACGUUGUAUAAUAAAAAGAGAUGAAACUAAAAGAGGUGGGAAAUUAUCAAUAAAAACCUGUAAAUUUACAUUAUAUUGAUAGUUUCCCACCUUUAGACACCGGAGUCAAACUGUCACAUAUAAAAUUCUCCUGUCUCAGUGACAGUUGUCAAACUCCUCCGAUAAGUCUUAAGGUCUUGAUUUAACAAAAGAAUAUCUACGGUUUAGUCUGGAAUAAGCUGGUGUCUGAUCGGGUUAAGGGGGAGCAGUCCACCAAGUGAUAAGGGCUUGUGGGUCAGUGAUAUUCCAAUUGUUAAAAAUCCAUGAUUUGUCCUGUACCACCAACCAAUGCGAAGUGGGUAUAGAAUGUAGGAAAUAUUGAAACAAGGAAUCAUAAAAAAUAUUGCGUAAAACCGUACUUGAAUAUUUAUCAAACAACGGUAGAACAUUAAUAGAAUUGACAUUUUUAACAUAAUUAUACUGGGUUGGGAUAAAGUAUGGAACCAAGCAAAUAUCUUUGAAACGAAAAGAACAAUAUUUAUGAAACUGUGCAUUCAAGUACAGUGACGCAAAAGGCAUCUGUUGCCAUAUUUUUUGUUACUACUUCACUUCCGGUUUCACCGGAAAUACGCUUAUUUAAUUUAAAUUAUAAAGUUAUUUAAUUUAAAUGGGACAUUGGGUAUAUUUUUCCGGAUUUUAAAAGAAAUUGUUAUUUUUAAUUCAUACAUACCAAAUUUAGCAGAAAAAAUUUGUUAAAAAGUGCCUGUAGAUAAUUUUUUGUAUUAAUACAACAUAGUAGGAAAUAAACGAGUACCAUCUACAUACGAGUAUUCACAAAAUUAAAUUCCGACAGAGGGCGCUUAAAAUUUCAAAGAUGGUUGCCAAAAGUGACUCACGUAUUAAUUUAUAGGCUUGCACGUUGCCAGGAUGUGAACAGCAAACAUUUUCAACAUUUGAAAUUAUUUUUUUUUUAUUUUUAAUACCUAUCAUUGGUCUAACUUAAAUACAUUAACCUAUUUUUUAACUAUAAGAGAUUUAUUUCCUGUUUUAAUAGUUUUUUCUUCCAAACUUGGUAUGUAUGAAUUAAAAAUAACAAGUUAUUUUAAAAUCUGCAAAAAUAUACAGGGUGUCCCAUUUAAAGUAAAUAAGUUAAGGGUAUUUCCGGUGAAACCGGAAGUGGAGUAGUAACAAAAAAUAUGGCAUCAGAUGCCUUUUACGUUACUGUACUUGCUUGCAAAGUUUCAUAAAUAUUGUUCUUUUCGUUUCAAAGAUAUUUGCUUGGUUCCAUACUUUAUCCCAACUCUGUAUAGUUGCGACAUAAUUGUAUAUUUUACGUUUUUUCUUGGAAGUAUUUUUCAAUUAACUGUGAUGAAAUCCAUAAUCAUGGAUAUUUUAAAUUAAAAAUGGUGGAAGAUAUUAAAAGAGAGUUGAGCCAACGAUUUUACUUUUUUUAAUUAAUCAGUAUAGUCUCUAUUAAAUAGGAUAAGUAUGCAGCUUAAGACUCGUAGCAUGGAUCUACUAAUAAAAUCCAGAAAAAUUUUAAAAUGUAGUGUCAUAAUAGCAUUACUAAGAUGACGUAUUUAGACAAUUUGUGUUAUUCUCUUUCUGUUUGGUAUUAAUAUUCCUUUUUGUCUUGAAUUAUAUGCCCUAUUAUAACUCGAAUUUUGGCUUGAAAUAUAUUUCUCUCUAUUCCAUUCACCAACUACUUUCUUAUGAUGCUUUUGUUCUGUUCUAUUGUUCUUACCUUCUCAUAUGUGUGUGUGUGUGUUUACACUCUUUUCAUAUUUAUCCGUAUAGCAGUUGCCGCUAGGGCAUCCCUGCCAUUUCGUUCGUUGCAAUCCGUGACUGCACGCCGGGGUUUGUUUUGGUUGGAUCAGAGAGAGCAGAAUAUGUGUAUAAGUUUCGAAACCGAUAGAGGUGAUUGUUGUACUCUCUGAUUGAACUGGAAUAAUGAUGCGGCUGUAGUUUCGUGUGGCAAUGAAAUUGAAAAUGGUUAUUCAUUUUUGAUUGUCCGUUUAUAUUCAGUGUGUUUUAAUUUUGGCUGAAUUUUUAUCAUACUGAUUCCUAUUAUACUCCGGAUGGAAUUCAAUUUUACUAAAUCGAAAGCGUUUGUGUAAUCCACGAAACAGUGCAGCGUUCGUAUAUUAUGUUCGCUCGCUUUUUCUAUUAUCUGUUCUUGUGUUCAGUGUCUCCUCACGAGUGUUUCCCUGGUCCACAUCCGCAUUGUUCUUCGGCUAUCACCGAAAGUAGAAAGUUCUUUAGACGUUUAUUGAUUAUAAAUGUAGCAGGAUGUUGCUUGCAUGAUGAAUAAGGGCAAUGGUUCUGUAAUUGCUACAUACAGUUAGUAAUCCUUUGUUAUGGAUAGAGAUAAAGGUUGAUUAGCACCAUUCAUCUGUGAUACAUACCAUGUUGUACAUGUCUGGUAUUAUAUCUAUGGCAAUCUCUCCCAUUGAUUUCAGGUCUCAGCUAGUAUGCCAUCUAUCCUUGGGGCCUUUUUGUUUCUUACUUGGUUGAGAGCCUUCUUUACUCGUGUUCGUAAAAUGAUUGGUUCUGCCUUUUUGAUUGUACGUUUUUUGUGUUAUGAGACUGAAGUAUCUUUUGAUGUGUCUUUGUAUAAUUCAUAAAAAUGGAUAGUGCCAAAAUUAUCUUAGACUUAAAUAGCGUUGGUUCAACUCUGCUGUUAUAUAAACAUUACUGAAAAAGUAUUGUAUUAGAUCAGUGUUUUAAUUGAUGUUUCGUUUGUUUUUAUAGUUAAUUUUGUGAUCAUUUUAUAGAAAAAAUGCUUCUUUUAUUUUCUAUUUUAUUUUAUAACUCUUAAAAACAUGUAACUAUCAGUUGGCAGAGUUAACAAGCUCUAACAAUGACAUAUAAAGACAAUCUUGUUUAAUGAGGGUAAAAAAUUUAGACAUACUAUUUUUAAUACUUCUGUAGACUCUGACCAACUGAUAAAAUAAUCGAUUAUAGAUUAGUUAAAACUGUGUAUCCAAACGUUGUUGAAAAUAAAAGCAAUAAAAUAAU